AUGCGCGUCCUCCCCAAACCUGCCAGGAAGACGACAAAGGGCCUCAAGGUCUUCUUCAAGCCGUGUGUGAAGCGGCGCAGACGGAGCGGACCGGGCUUUGAAGAGGCCGUCCUUGGUGGGACCUUCACUCACAGAACCAGACUGCAGGCGGCUGCACGAGUCAAAGCAGGCCUCUCCCAAGACACCUCACCCUCCAUGCUCAGUUAUUAUGUGAGUGUGUGUGGAGACGGAGUGAAGAGUGCGCCCGGGUCGUUGUGUGAUACCUUUGUCUGA